AUUUGAAAUGGCUAUUGGAGCGAAGUAAUUGACGGAAAGGCUGCGGCGGCGGCGAUACAGUGCCCGAGCAACCAGUUUUUACUAACAUCCAACGCCUAAGUCUGUCGGCUAAUAGUUUCCAGUUACCUUGCAUAACACUCUGUGAUAUAUCGCGUUCAUUUACUAAUAAUGUAUUUAAGGCGUUUAUGCCCGAACUUUGUAAAACAAACUAUAAGAACUUAUGGCGUCGCUGUACCAAAAAAAUCGCCGAAAAUUUUAAUCACCGGUGGUCUAGGUCAACUUGGUGUAGAGUGCGCUAAAUAUCUUCGCGGAAAAUACGGACGCGACAAUGUUAUUCUCUCAGAUAUCAUCAAACCGACCAACGACGUCGUCAACGAUGGUCCUUAUAUCUUCGCCGACAUUUUAGACUUCAAAGGAUUGCAGAAGAUAGUCGUCAACCAUAGAGUCGAUUGGUUGAUACACUUCUCUGCCCUUCUUAGCGCCAUAGGAGAGCAAAACGUACCUUUAGCUGUGAGGGUGAAUAUUGAAGGAAUGCACAAUGUCAUAGAGUUAGCAAAACAGUAUAAGCUAAGAAUUUUUGUACCUAGUACAAUAGGCGCGUUCGGACCAGAUUCUCCGAGGAAUCCUACUCCUAACGUCACUGUGCAAAGACCUAGAACAAUCUACGGCGUGUCUAAAGUGCACGCGGAAUUGUUAGGGGAAUAUUAUUAUCAUAGAUUUGGUUUGGACUUCCGUUGUCUGAGGUUCCCAGGAGUUAUUUCAAGUGACCCGCCCGGUGGAGGUACCACAGACUACGCGAUUGCAAUCUUCCACGACGUCCUCCGUAAAGGGCAUUACCAGUGCUAUCUUAAGCCGGACACGCGAUUGCCUAUGAUGCACGUGAGAGACGCCCUCCGUGCGCUUUCUGAAUUCCUAGAGGCCCCUAACGAGAAACUCAUAAGGAGAGUGUACAACGUCACGUCCAUGAGUUUCACUCCUGAAGAAUUGACUGGCAAAAUAUCGAAAUACAUUCCAGAGCUACAGAUUACAUAUAAACCUGAUAGUAGACAGGAUAUUGCGGACUCCUGGCCUCAGGUGUUCGAUGACAGCGAAGCACGUCGGGACUGGCAAUGGAAACCAGAAGUGGAUAUCGACAAUCUAGUCAGUCUCAUGAUUAAGGAAGUCAAGGAGAAGAUUGCCGCUUCUAGAUAAUUGCGGACGUUCCCACGAUAAUACAUAGGAAGUUUCUAAUUUGUUAUUAAAACAUUAGGCUAGUUUCUUCGAGCCAAUGCGCAUAGUACGAGUGUGCGUACUUCGUGUCGAAGCAGAGAUAUAGUACCGGAGGCUAUACCACAAACAAUAUCAUCAACAUCAUCAACCCAUUUGUAUGUCCCACUGCUCGCACGGGUCUCCCUCAGGCGGGGGUUUUAGGCCAUAGUGUGCUAAGCUGGCUCGAUACGGGUUAGGGACUUCACACGGUGUAUGAUGGUUGUGAACCUUCUUCGACGUGCAGGUUUCACCAAGAUGUUUUCCUUCACUGAAAAGCUCAUAGUAAAGUUAAAAUUAAAUUUCGCACAUACUCGUAAAUUCCGAAAAAACGCGAGCCCGUAUUCGAACCUACAGGCUCUGCUUGAAACCGUUAGGCUAUCACAGCUUUUUUACAAAGAGUAUUGUUACUAUGAAAUAGGAGUCACGUUGAUGUGUUGACGGGUUCGCUCCAAGAAUCCAGCCUAAUCCAAAAUAUUGACAGCAAAAAGCAUUCCGUCCAAAAGCAUUAUGUAUCCGUCCUUACAAGUUUUUCUAUGAAAUGGUUAUUGUUAUAUUAUGUAAUGUACAAUUUAAAAAAGGACUAAGUUUAUAGACCUGCUACCCAUGCAACAUUAUUCUAUCUGAAUGUUUGGUUAGUGUCAAUGAUCUUAUACACUAUAUGUACGUGGGGCUAUCGUGAGUCGCACUAUUAAGUCACCGGAAUGAAUAAUGUAAUGUAAAUAAAAAUGGUCAGAAAUGAAUUUAUUGUUUCUCAAAAUAUUCUCUGUUAGCGUUAAUGCACUUUUUCAUACGAAUGAACCAAUUUUGAAAACAUUUAUGUC